AUGGCUCCCGUUCAAGCAAUGAAUGUCACCAUAAAGAAUUCCUGGCAGCAGCUGUCCCGGGUAAUACUGUCUAUCGCCACUUCGCAACUCGUCCCCAUCGACCUUAAGAUGACCGGAAUCACAGACAAGGGUUCGGAGGAGAGACAUAAAAACCCCAGCAGGCAACAAUUCUACGAGGCCGCGAAGAAGACAGCCUCCACCUUCAACACGUCUUUGGCCAAGACAUCACUUUCCGACACCUUCGUGGAUGGCUCGUGCGAUGUCGAGUCCUACAGCCUUACCGUCAGCCCUCACUUACACGCAGACACCCAAGAUGACGAGAUGUUCGUCCAGGAUCUCGACAGACGACUGCAUGUAGCGUAUUACACCCCCAAGUUUUUGAGAAAAAAGGGUAUCCGGAUGGAGAAACUCUACGAAGACUGCGUCCCGUAUCUCAGCCACAAGGACGUCCGCAUGGCCACCCAGCGAAUCGAGAAGAGAAUGGCGCCUCGGAACGAGAGAGAACAGCCUUACAACGAGAAGGAAGAGGGACUACAUUGUUUCAGUGCAUACGUUUAG